AUGCAGGCCGUCAAAACCCUCUUGCCUCGGUGGCCGGGCGCGUCGUCGUCGCCCUCGCCCGCGACAUAUCAACCACUGCACCAAACCGAGGACGACGACGACGACGACCAUCCGCACGGAACAGCGUCUACAAUGGCCUCGCCUGAAGACGGCCCCGACAUGCCCGCGAGGCACCGCGACGCCGCUGCUCUGCUGCUCAUCAGACUCGGCCGCUCGCCCGACGAGCGCAUCCACGUCUCUGCGGACGACGACGCCCGCAUCUUGCGUCAGAUCGACCUCGCCCUGCUGCCCCUGAUGCUCGCCGUCUACUUCCUCCAGGCCCUGGACAAGGCAACGCUCUCCUAUGCGUCCAUCUUCGGCCUCAUCGAAGACACCCACUUGGUUGGCAACCAAUUCUCGUGGCUCGGCAGCAUCGUCUUCCUGGCCCAGCUCGCCAUGCAGCUUCCGAUAUCCUUCGCUCUCGUCAAGCUUCCCAUCGGCAAGUUUACCAGCGCCAUGGUCCUCGCUUGGGGCGUUUCCCUCACCUUCAUGACGUGGGCCCACAACUUUACCGGCCUCAUGGUCGCUCGUUUCUUCCUCGGUGCCUUUGAGGCCAGCGUUGGGCCCAGCUUCAUUGCCGUCACCCAGAUGUGGUGGAGACGCAGAGAGCAGACCAUGAGGGUUGGCUCGUGGUAUUGCAUGAAUGGCCUCACCUGGGUGUUUGGUAGUCUCAUCACAUAUGGCCUUGCCAAGAUCGAUUCGGAUAUGAAGCCUUAUCAGAUCAUCUUCCUCUUUUUCGGCGUCAUCACCGUCGGCGUCGGUUUCCUCAUGCUCUAUUGGAUGCCAGACUCGCCAAUCGAAGCAAAGUUUCUCUCCGACAACGACAAGGUGCUUGCAAUCUGGCGCCUUCGUCACAAUCAAAUGGGCGUCAUGUCUCGCGAAUGGAGGUCUGACCACUUUUACGAUGCCCUGAGAGAUGUCAAAACGUGGCUGUGGUUCGCCAUGAUGUUCUGCAUCUCGGUCCCGUCCAACGGGCUCUCAACGUUUGGUCCCCUCAUCAUCAAGUCGUUUGUUUCCGAUCCGUUUCACACGAUGCUCUUCAAUGUCCCCGUCGGCAUCUUGCACGUCAUUUCCGUCUCCUCCAGCGCGUACCUGUCCAUGAGGUGGAAGUUCAAGGGCCCCGUCAUCAUAGCGCUCUGCGCUCCACCACUCAUUGGCUUGGCAAUUCUUUUUCACUUCCCUCACGAUGAGGCUCACCGAGCUGUGCUAUUGACCGGCUACUUUUUCCUCUCCACCUUUACCGGCAUCACGCCUCUCAUCUACGCCUGGUCAUCUCAGAACACCGCUGGCGAUACGAAGCGCAAGACCACCUCGGCCAUCGUCUUCAUUGGGGCUUCUGCGGGCAACGUCGUCGGCCCUCUCCUGUUUCGGCCAGACGAUGCACCGGAAUUCACCCUGGGCAUCCGCUUGAACAUCCGCUUCUUUGCCGCCAUCAGCUUGUUGGCAAUCGUGACCAUGUGCUACAUCACGACUCUGAACCGCAGGCAGAGCGCACGCAGACUCUCCGUGGGCAAACCCACCCAAACUGUCGACUUGAGUCUGGAGACGGCUGCCAACGCGGAGCGAAUAGAGAGGCACCAUACCGACGGCAGGGGUGACAAGACGUUUUUGGACAGAACCGACCGAGAGAAUGAGGAUUUUGUCUACGUAAGCUAG